CAGUGCCCAGAAGUACUCAAGUGCAACUAGAUGCGUCUGGAUGUUUUGCCUUUUAAUUAUUUUUUUCAAAAAAAAGGUCUGGUUUGAAGGUCAGAUUCGGGCCACCAGUGUGGGAGGGUGCGUUCUGCUCUGACUAAAACUCUAGCCGAGUAGCUCACCGGGGCCAUCUGAGGACAUUUCUGAUGUUGCGUCUUGGAUUAUGGCACAAUUUUGUUGCAGGCCACUGUUCAUCCGGGCAGUCCAAGGGGUGAGGCGGUGUGGUGACCAGUGCCUCUUGGUCAACUAAUCCCCACUUUUGCAACACUGCCUGCAAGCCAUCCUCACUACAUUUAAUUUUAAUUUUUGAGAUGUGACAGCUUAGUUACUUAUGAUUCUAAAUACUUAUCAAGUUUGUGCCUGCAAACAAGUUUGUAAUCUAUAUGAUGGAGUUAUGUUUAGUACUGAUGUAGGGAGGUUGUGAAUUUGUUUACAGAAUAAGAUUCUCAGCUCUUGUAUUCUUUGGCCAUAAUUUGUUGUGUUUUGAAUGUAUAUUUCCCAUCAAUUUUGCUUCGGUAUAUGAUUUAACUUUGAGUUUUGGGUUGUUUGGUCAGGGUCACAAGAGUUAUGUUCCAAAUAUGAUCAGUGAAGCAGCUCAAGCAGAUAUUGGUGUUCUGGUAUUUCUGCCCGUAAAGGGGAAUUUAAGACUGGAUAUGAGAGGGGUGGGCAAACCCGUGAACAUGUUCAGCUUGCGAAAACUUUGGGCGUAUCUAAGCUGUUUGUGGUUGUGAACAAAAUGGACGAUCUCACUGUUAACUGGUCAAAAGAAAGAUAUGAUAAUUGAAUCUAAGAUGGUACCAUUUCUGAGGUCUUCAGGCUAUAAUGUAAAAAAGGAUGUCCAGUUUCUACCAAUAUCUGGUCUUCUUGGUUCCAAUACGAAAAGGAGACUGGACAAGAGCAUAUGCCCCUGGUGGAAUGGUCCCUGUCUCUUUGAAGUCCUUGAUGCAGUUGAAAUUCCUCCUAGAGAUCCAAAAGGUCCUUUUAGGAUGCCCAUAAUUGACAAAUUUAAAGACAUGGAAACUGUCGUGAUGGGAAAGGUUGAAUCUGGUACCGUGCAUGAGGGUGAUUCCUUAUUGCUCAUGCCAAGCAAGGCUCAAGUGAAAGUUCUUGCCAUUUACUGUGAUGAAGAUAAGGCUACACGUGCUGGACCUGGUGAAAAUCUGCUGGUUAAGUUAUCUGGAAUUGAAGAAGAGGACAUAUUAUCUGGUUUUGGCUUGUGUAGUGUUGCAAAACCAAUACCAACAGUCACUGAAUUUACGGCCCAGCUGCAGAUCCUUGAGUUGCUUGACAAUGCAAUAUUUACAGCUGGGUAUAAAGCUGUCUUGCACAUUCAUUCUGUUGUUGAGUAAUGUGAGAUUGUUGAACUGCUACAAGAAAUUGAUCCCAAGACAAAGAAACCCAUGAAAAAAAAAGUUCUAUUUGUUAAGAAUGGUGCUGUUGUUGUUUGCCGUAUUCAGGUGAACAACUUGAUUUGUGUUGAGAGAUUCUCAGAUUUUGCACAACUUGGAAGGUUUACUGUUCGAACUGAAGUUGUAGUGGGAAAAGUCAUGGACAUUCCUCCAAGUGCUAGUGCAUAAAAAAGUUUUGUUGUUAGAGGUGAGAAAUUAAAUUUAUAGUUUUUUUUUGAAAAAUGCAAUCUCUAAUGGGAUGUUUAAUGUAUGGCUAAUUCACCCUGACGGGUACGUCCACCAGACUCUCCUUAUGAAUGGGUGUAAGUUGCAACACAGAAUCAUCUUAAAUGAAGUUGCCGCGUUAACAAUAUAUUGAUGUCUUGAGGAGAGGUGAGGUGCCGAUGCCACAGGUGCUUGGCAUUGGUACUUUUGAUAUACUUAUGGGUAGAGGGUAAAAUCAAAGAAAUCAAAAGUAACUGAGCUGAAAUGACAAAAGCUAUAAAAAGGAAGACUGACUCCAUAAUUUCUCCAUUUGAAGACUAAAACUUGAAUUGUUUUCUUUCUAUACACGUGCUGCGCAUGUCAUUGUACUAGUGGGCCUUCAAAAUGAAUGGCCUUUCGAUAAGGGCUUUUGAUAAGGGCAUGAUUAGUAUAUAAACGGCAAAGGGAGUUACUGGAGAGGAGGGAGGCAGUCGACAAAGAAGAAUAGUGUCUAGGAGGUAGAGCAAGCUAGAUCUCGUUGUGGGUGAUGGCGGAAACAAGGGCAACCAUAGAGGAGAUUCUACUCAAGAAUAAGAGGAAAGCACACCA